UUUUGUGUUUCCCGCACCGUCAAUCAAAAUAGAAAAAAAAAUCGACCCAAAUUCUCCGAUCAACACUACUACCCCGUCAAUGAUAAAAUGCUCAUGUUCUAGUUUUAGCGGCUUUUUUAACGUUUUCGCUCGGGAUGUAAACUGUUCGCACAGAUAGCGCAUUAAUGUGCGACUUGGGGGGUGAGUUUGAUUGACGGGAGCUGCGUAUUUUGAAACCUUUUUUUUUUUUUUUUUUUUUUUUUUUACUCGGCGGCUAACUAGCUUGGCUAUGGUGAGCUAGCAGGCUAGCGACGGAGUUGUAAACAGCAGUUCUCCUCGUCCCCGCAAAGUUGACGGGAGUGUCUGCUCGGUGAGGAGAGGGGAAAUCGGUUCUGUAGGGGCGAACCGAGAAAGAGUCUCGAGGUGGGGAUGCUUUGCGAGGCUUUCGAGGCCCGACGGGAGUUGAAGAUUACCGAGUGAAACAAGGGAGAAAUGGCGUCCGCGGACGUGGACAGCAGUCAAAGCGACUUUCUGCAGGAAACGCAGACGACUGAUAUGUCUGCUAUUCAGCUGUCGGGAUCAGACCGCUGGGAAGUGUUAACACCCGUCUCGGCCGCCAAGGAUGACACCAACGGCGGGAUUGUCGCGUCCAACGGGCAGUACGUCCUUCCCCUUGGAGGUCUUCCCAGCCAGCCCAUCUAUGUCACAGCACCUGGUGGGGAGGCGACAGCCAAUGGCGUGUCUGGUAUUCAGUAUCAGGUCAUCCCUCAGAUCCAAAAUGCGGACGGGACGCUAACAAGCUUUCAGACGCAAGGCCUGGAUGACAGCGCGGGGCCGAUUCAGCUCCUGCAAGACGGCGGACAAAGCGGACAAGCCGGCGGCAUCGGAAUUAGCUGCGCGGCGGCGGGGACCACCGACCUCCUGACGCAGGCGGGUCAAGUGCAGUCCAUCCAGGGCCUCCCGCUGGCCGGGGGCUCGGCAUACCCGGUGGGGCUGCCCGGCAACAUCACCUUCGUGCCCAUCAACAGCGUGGACCUAGAGUCGCUUGGUCUGACGGCGGCGCAGACGGUGCCCAUCGCCACCGGUGUGACGCCGGAGGGCCAGCUCAUCAUGAGCGGCCAGACCCUAGAAAGCGCCGGGCAGGGUGCCAAACUGACGGCGGGGGCUGACGGCAACCAGGAGCUGUACGCGCCCUCCUCCGACGCCCCCUCGCAGCUCCCUGCCACCAUCGACGGGACGGGCGUGCUGACCCAAGCCACGGCCGUGUCCGCCGGCGUGGCCGACCCCUCGUCCUCGGCGGAGAACUUUAAUUCCCACCUGCAGCAGAUCCAGGUGCCGUCUUCGAGUGCCGCCACCCUCUCCCAGCCCAUCCUUCAGCUGUCAGGCGACGCUCAGGCCCCGGUGACUGUGGGCCAGGACCUGAACACGGCACCGGCUGGCCAGACGCUUCAGAGCGUCCAGCUGGUCAACCCGGGAACUUUCCUCAUCCAGGCCCAGACGGUUAGUCCCACUGGGCAGAUCCAGUGGCAGACCUUUCAGGUUCAGGGGGUUCAGUCACUUCAGGGGCUCCAGCUGCCUCAGGGGCAGGGCCAGCCGCAGCAGCUGACAUUGGCACCUGUGCAGACUCUCCCGCUGGCCCAGGCGGGCCAGGUCAGCCUGCCCAACCUCCAGACGGUGACCGUCAACUCGCUGACGCAAAGCGGGGUUCAGUUCACGCAGCAGGCCGACAACACCAGCAGCCCCGCUGGCAUCCAUAUCAAGGAAGAGCCCGAGUCUGAAGAUUGGCACCUUAGCGGCGACUCGACUCUGAACCCCAGCGACCUGAACAACCUGCGCGUGCACAUGACGACCGCCGACGACGACGCGGACGGUGGCGGCGGCGAGGGCAAGAGACUGCGGAGGGUGGCCUGCACCUGCCCCAACUGUAAAGAGUCCGGAGGAAGAGGUUCCGGGCUGGGCAAGAAGAAGCUGCACAUCUGCCACAUCGUGGGCUGCGGCAAAGUGUACGGCAAGACGUCGCACCUGCGCGCCCACCUGCGCUGGCACAGUGGCGAGCGGCCGUUCGUUUGCAACUGGAUGUACUGUGGCAAGAGGUUCACCAGGAGCGACGAGCUGCAGAGACACAGGAGGACGCACACAGGUGAGAAGAAGUUUGUGUGCGGCGAGUGCUCCAAGCGCUUCAUGCGCAGCGACCACCUGGCCAAGCACAUAAAGACUCACCAGAACAAAAAGGGCGGCGCGCCCGUCACCUCCUCGUCGUCGCCCUUGCCCGCCGACACCCUCAUCACGGCCGACGGCACCACGCUCAUCCUGCAGUCGACCGCCGCCCGCAACCUGGUGGCCAAUCAGGAGAUCCCGCUGCAGCUGGUCACCGUGGCGCCUGGCGAGGUCAUCGAAUGAUUGAGAGAGACUGGCCUCUUCUCUUGGCUCCUUUCUUUUUUUAUAUAUAUAUAUGAAUAUAAAUAUAUAUGACAAAUAUAUAUAUUUUAAUUAAGAGUUAUCCAGACUUUGUUUUUGCAGUCUUUUUAUAGACCGACGGAAGCAUUCAAAAUGGUUGCUAUGUACACACGCACGCACACACGUUAUACACAAUGAAAUGCCUUAUUUUGUAUCAUAGUCGUGUAUAAAAUGCUGGAGGUGCAUGUUUUGUUUUGUUUUAAAUUUUAUUACAAACAUCCAUCAUGGAAAGGUUCCCCAAUUUGGGAAGUGCGCUUAUAGUACGAAUGUCACAGUUGUUAGCAGACACCCAAUGCAAAAGCUCACAUAUUUUUCCUUUUUUUUCCCCCCCACCAAUUUUUUUUUUUUUUUUUUUUAAUAAAGUCAUGCACUAAAAUGCCAGUUUCACCGGGAAUAGCUUUGUCACAAAACCAAACUUCACGCCGUUUUCUAAAUUUGUGGUCAUUCUGGAAUGCUAGGCUGAUAUGCUAAUACUAAAUGAGCUUCCCAAAAAUGUGUUUGGAGCGUCAGGACAGAAUGUUUGCCUUUUUUUUUUUUUUUUUCCUUCAACUGCAAAUUUGUGCUUUCCCCUCCCCCUUUUUUUCGUUUGUUUCCCUUUGUCGAUUAAGCCAACAAAAAACAUGCAUCUCCAAACAGUUUUUGGAGUGAAAGGAAGUCACAAAAUGCUGAGUUGCGUGUUUUUUGUUGUACAGUGACUAUUUCCUGUUGGAAAAUUCCUGUUUGUCUGUUCAAAAUCACGGCGGCAAACAUUCCAGUCCGGUCAUGACGCUGGAUUCCGUUUUUGCAAUAACUACGUGUGCUCGGAGCUUCGAGAAAAACAAGAAUUUGCGCAAUUUUUUUUUUUUUUUUUAAAAGUCAUUUUAUGUAUAAUCCUCAUGCUUGUCCCCAUGUUUGUAGCAUUCAUUUACAUGUGUAUUAUGCUCUUGUUUAUAGAAGCCAUCACUUAGUCAACGCAGUUUAUUUCAGUGUAUCAAAAACCUUAUUUUAAAAUGAUUUUUUUUUUAAAGAGUUGGUGUAAAAAAUGAAUGUUUAACGUUUUUUUGGUAAAGCAAUUUUUCAAAUGGAUCACAAUAAAGUCUGAAACCUUU